AUGAAUUCAGCAAUAUGCAGCCAUUGCCGUGCGGCGUUCCGCCGAUCACUUCGGUCUGUACGAACUCGCCAACCACAUACAACAGCCACCAGCAGCACGAGGAAGAGCUCAAGCUCAGCUCCCCAUACGACCCAAGACCUCGAAAGCAUCCUCUCGAAGCCAAGUUGGUCCGUCCGCUCCCUCCUACCCCCUCCAGCCUCGGAAUCCACAGCUGGCUCUCCAACAAUCACCCCACAAACCCUACAGCAUCUGCUCCGGCUCUCUGCUCUACCUCCCCCUAGGUCCGCCGAGGAGGAAUCGAAAAUGCUCUCGACCCUCGAGUCGCAACUCCAAUUCGUCCGUGCAAUCCGCGAAGUCGACACCACAGGCGUAGAGCCUCUGCGUUCCAUCCGCGAUGAAACAGCGCAGGGCAUGCGUGAGCAGACCAUCGGCCUAGACCAACUCCAGGAAGCCCUUGCGAAAGAAGACAUCGUCGGGCACGCGCGGCGCCCACGACGGCGGCGGGCAGGAAAAACUGCAGGAAAGAGGGAACAGAAAAUAGAGGAGAAUACUGAUUCUUCAGUAGAAGAUUGGGACGUUCUCGGUGGUGCCAGUGAGACGGCAGGGCGAUACUUCGUUGUAAGGACCGGAUCGACGGAUCCAACGCAAGCAGGAUAG